CGGGCCACCCAGCAAGGCAGACCUCCUGCAGAAGAUCCUGAAUGCCAUGCCUGAGGAUAACGACCUCGUCUCCACUAAUGGUCAAGAACCUCCUCAGUCAAAGGAGGAAAUGCCAAGUGGUCAAGACCAAGUCCCUGCAGUUCCUUCAGUCCAAGUUCGAGAACCUACUAUCAUUGAGCUACCGAGUUCUUAUGAGCCUGGACCACAGCCACAAGAUACUGAUGAUCAGCAUCAACAGAAGCUGGUACCACAAGUGGAACAGGUACAUACAGAUACUGAACCAGAGUUGCUACAGCCGGAUCAGGAAGUGGAACAACCAGAACAGCAAGUGGGUGAAGUAUUUGUACAACCGGAACCAGAAGCAGAACAACAGGUGGAUGAAGUAGUUGUACAACCAGAACCACAGGUGGAUGAAGUAUUUAUAGAGCCAGAACCACAGGUGGAUGAAAUAUUUAUAGAACCAGAGCCACAGGUGGAUGAAGUAUUUAUAGAGCCAGAACCACAGAUGGAUGAAAAAUUCAUAGAGCAAGAACCACAGAUGGAUGAAGUAUUUAUUGAGCCAGAACCACAGGUGGAUGAACUUUUCGUAGAGCCAGAACUACAGGUGGAUGGAGUAUUUAUAGAGCCAGAACCACAGAUGGAUGAAGUAUUUGUAGAGCCAGAACCACAGAUGGAUGAAGAAUUCAUAGAGCAAGAACCACAGAUGGAUGAAGUAUUUAUUGAGCCAGAACCACAGGUGGAUGAACUUUUCGUGGAGCCAGAACCACAGGUGGAUGGAGUAUUUAUAGAGCCAGAACCACAAAUGGAUGAAGUAUUUAUAGAGCCAGGAACACAGGUGGAUGAAGUAUUUAUAGAGCCAGAGAUAGAUGAAGUAUUUAUAGAACCAGAGAUGGACAACGUGUACAUAGCAACAGAAGGGGAUGACAGACAAGAAGUACCAGACCCUGAUGAUGAUCUUGAAUUUGUGGUGGAUAACAUUGCUGAAGAUUAUGAGGAAGUUGAACCCCAGGAGAAUCCCGCCACAUUUGAUAAGGCGGGAGAUUUUCUAAGUUGGUUUAUUCCCUAUUUGAAGCCUGAAGAAGAAGUACACGUUUCAUCAGAGGAGAUACUCUCUGAUGAACCGAAUCCUGACACUGAUGUGAUGAUAUUAUCAUUGUAUGAAGCUGAUACUGACCAAACUCCUCCAGGAGUAACACUCAUUGACGAAACAGCAGCAGUUAAAGAGGACUCUUAUCCUAUUGACCAUGAUGAUGGUCUUGGUGAGGAAAUGAUAUUGUCAGAUUUUGAACUCUUGGGAGAGCAAGCCCUGCCUGUCAACGAGGAAAGUACUGUGAUGGAAGGUCAUCCCAUGUUGAAAGAUUCACCCAUAAUGGCAGUUGCGUUUGAUAUCUCGCACCCAUAUGGCAGACUCUUACAGAUGAAUCUUACAUACCAGCCGAAGACUUUGAGACAGAGUCUUUUAUUCCAGAGGAGGAAUUUACUGAAGAAAGCGAUGUUCCCGAGGGUGACUUUACUUAUGAACAGGUUCCAGUUAUAAAUUUGGAGCAGCUCGUUGAGGAAGAGGACCUUUUUGAAGAAUACCUUCCUGGGCCACAGAGUGAUUUAUCCCCAGUCCCCUCUCUGUUGGACCUUCUGAUGCCAAAACCUCUUGAAGAACCAAUUGGAUUCAGAGAUGACAUGUACCCAGUUGUGGUGAUGGAAAGCAGCUCUGGACCUAUAGCAGAUAUGAGACAUUUCUAUAUGAUAGAGGAAAAGGAAUCAUCAAAUGACUUCCCCAGUGAUGUUGUAGAUAUCAUCAUAAAGAAUGAGCCACAGCAUGAUUCAGAGGAUACCAUCAUGCCUGUUGUUGGGGAGAGAGUGAUUAUUGAGGAGCGACCACUACCAAUUGCUGAGUUCCCAGAAGAAAACUAUCGCUCUCCUUUCACUGAAGACCAAGAGCCUCACUGGAGACCAAAUAGCAACAAUAAUUAUCAUCCCAUCAUCUUCCCUGAUAACAAUAAACCACCCAAAACAUUAACAAUGUUUCCUCAGAAGUGGGGAGAAAAUCCUGCUUUCUUGCCAGUACAUGAACCAAGAAGAGGCCCUUCUCGGCAACAGAUGUCCGGACCUCAUUCAUCAGACAUGAAAACAAUGACAGAUAAGGUGUUCCCACAUUUUCCUGCCCAACCGGAGAUACUUCAAAAGAAUCCAGACUUUAUGAACUCACGAGCCACCCUCCUCCCUGCUGAUACCCUGUUUGGACCCAACCACGAAGGAAAUCAUGUAGCCUCAAGUAUUUUUCUAAGACCAAACAACUUUCAAAAUGAAUAUUAUGAACCAUCAUCUUUUCCACAGAGCUUCAAUUACUACAAUACACUCAGACAAGCAUCGUCUGAUGUUAAAAUGUUCCCACAACUACUUCAGGGAUCAUUACAACAUCAUUCACAACUAUACAGAAGACCAGAUGCAUACUCAAGAGUGCCUCGGCCAAACUUCAGUGCCUAUGAACAGUACUUUGUACCACAACACACACACGAACAAAACUUUUAUCCCUAAACUCCAUCUGGACCCGACAGUUUCACCCAAGAUCCAUUUGAGUAUUAUGGAUCUUUCUACAGUGCAAACGAUGAACUAGAUGCAAGAGGAAGUUCUCCUCAUUUCAGAACCUCCUCCAGUAUGUCUUUUGAUUUUGACAGGUUUAGCGUCAACCACAAUAUGAUGUAGAGAUAUAUCCAGUAGAUAUGACGUUCACCCCUGAUGAUGAUUCUUUUGAUAUGUCACCAUACAACAGUCAAUACCCGGGACAACAGUUCCUCCAAGGUCCUAAUUUCAGGACAAAAUUUUCACCUUCAUAUGACGAACCAAUUUACUUGGAUUCACAAGGUUACCCAGAUACAAACUUCUACCCCUCUGCAUCCCGACACAAUAGAUAUGAACCAAACUACUUCUUUGAGAAUAACCAUGAUUUCCCCUUCCGAGGCCCAGCUCCUACAUGGUAAACCUUAUUAUGAGUAACUAUCAGAAUGUAAGAGAGAUUAUGUGUGAAUUUGAAGAGGAGAGACUCAACUCACAAUAUAAGAGGAUCUCUGACAAAUUCUAAGGAGGAAGUUUGCUUCUACUCAUAAUAUAGAAGAUCUUUCACAAAAUGAAAGGAAGAUGUAAGUUACUGUACUAAUAUAGAGGAUUUCUGACAAAAACUUUGAGGUGUUGGUUAGGUUACAUGUUCCAAAAUAUAUACCUGUAUACCUUAUGCAACUUCUCACUAUUUCAGAAAUAGACUUAUUGAAUUUCCAUAAUUUGAAUUACAUAGACAUUUCAAAUUUAGUGUUUUUAUUACUCUAUUAAUCAAAAGAAGUGAGCUUAAAUAUAAAAUAAACUAAACAUACUGUAUAAUAAAAGAUUUACCAUUUACAUAAAUCAGAUUUAUUAAUAAAAUGCAAUUAAUGUAUGUUUAAACAAUUUUACUAGUGUGUAGUGUGGUUUUAGAAUAUUUCAAAAGACAGUUUACACAUCACAGGAUAACCAUUGUAAUGCAUUGUGUGGAAACUUCCCAUCAAAUUUACCUAAAAGUGUGGCAUUCUAUACAUUUCAUAUUAAUAUGAAAUCUUGUAUUUUUAUCUAAAUGUAAAAACGAGAAAGUCUAA